UUGGUUACCGCUUCAGGAGAGACGAGCAGAGCGGCUAGCUCCACUCUGGAAUGGUUGGCGGUACAGCAAUUGCAGUAUCGAUUAUUGCCAUCAGGCCAUACCACGGGAUAAACCAUUGACUACGGCGAAGUGGCAAGAGGCGGGAGAGACGUGUUGAUGUUGUCGUGAAGGUGUAGAGGAGUUGCAGUCGUCGUGACAGCCGGGUGGUUAGGUAUCUCAACAGGAGAUAUCGUCAUCAACAGGAGGGUGAUUACCUUCCCAUGACCAGGGUUCUUGUAGGAGGGUCAGAUUGUCUCACUGGCUUCUCGUGUCUCGUGUCUCAAGGAUGUAAACUGAGGGUGCGCCACCACCGCCGGAUAUAGACUUUAAAAACUACGUGACACCCAUUUGUCGUCAUGCACGUGCAGUUCGAGCUCCUCGUGCCUAUCGUGGCUCUGUUUCUACAUGUAGGUCGACAGGUGGCCGCUGAUGUUCAAGGCUACCAGACUGGCAAGAUGGCGGUGAGACAGCCCCUGCGGUGCUACGACUGCUACGAGAGGGAGAAGAACUGCCAGACGCUUGCCAACCUCACCGACAUCAUGGUGACCAAGUGCAGAGACUAUGAGCAUUUCUGUAAGGUUCGUCGUAUAAACAACCGGAAGUCUCAAACAGUGUUUGAGCGCAGGUGCAGUCCUGACUGCACACCCGGAUGUACCACCAUGUUGUUCCGAACUCAGUGUGUGUCCUGCUGCACAUCAGACUUAUGCAACAGCGACAACAUGGCACAACGUCAUGACGUCACGUGGCACGUGACACUGGCAACUGGGAUCCUUGUUCUAAUGACAAAUGUGAUGUGACCUGGUUUUAAAUAGAUUGGAUCUGACUCUUUCUGAAACUUGAAUGUAACCGAAACCCUCUCCUUAAAUGUAAAAGAAAUAAUCGUGGAGUGACGAAAUAGUUAAAUUGUUAAUAAAAGUUUCAUUGCGAUAAAAAAAUAUGUUUGCAAUUAUAAUGUGCUUUCAGAAUGUUUUGAAGCAGAUCCAAUCUAUAUAUUCAUACCCGGAAGAGAUGCAGCAAAAACGGCCAGGGUUAAUGAGAAUUUGAAAAAAGCUAUUUGUUUUGAAGGAGGUUGGUUUAUAGCAUUUGUGAGCUGCGCGUGACUCAACAUUGAAAUUUAAAGCCUCUCUUUAAAGGUUGUGUAUUUGAUUGCCCGAAUGACACGGGUUUGUGAUGUGGGUUGUGAAUGUAGAUAUACAUGCACCUGUACAACAUCAAUGAUAUACACUGUCAACAACAUGAGACAUAUGCUAUACACUGUCAACAACAUGGAACAUAUGAUAUACACUGUCAACAACAUGGAACAUAUGAUAUACACUGUCAACAACGUGGAACAUAUGAUAUACACUUUCAACAACAUGGAACAUAUGAUACACACUGUCAACAGCAUGAGACAUAUGAUAUACACUGUCAACAACAUGGAACAUAUGAUAUACACUGUCAACAACAUGGAACAUAUGAUACACACUGUCAACAACAUGGAACAUAUGAUACACACUGUCAACAACAUGGAACAUAUGAUAUACACUGUCAACAACAUGGAACAUAUGAUAUACACUGUCAACAACAUGGAACAUAUGAUAUACACUGUCAACAACAUGGAACAUAUGAUAUACACUGUCAACAACAUGGAACAUAUGAUACACACUGUCAACAACAUGGAACAUAUGAUACACACUGUCAACAACAUGGAACAUAUGAUACACACUGUCAACAACAUGGAACAUAUGAUACACACUGUCAACAACAUGGAACAUAUGAUACACACUGUCAACAACAUGGAACAUAUGAUACACACUGUCAACAACAUGGAACAUAUGAUAUACACUGUCAACAACAUGGAACAUAUGAUACACACUGUCAACAACAUGUAACAUAUAAUAUACACUGUCAACAACAUGGAACAUAUGAUAUACACUGUCAACAACAUGGAACAUAUGAUAUACUCUGUCAACAACAUGUAACAUAUAAUAUACACUGUCAACAACAUGGAACAUAUGAUAUACACUGUCAACAACAUGGAACAUAUGAUAUACUCUGUCAACAACGUGGAACAUAUAAUAUACACUGUCAACAACAUGGAACAUAUGAUAUACAUUGUCAACAACAUGGAACAUAUAAUAUACAUUGUCAACAACAUGGAACAUAUGAUACACACUGUCAACAACAUGAGACAUAUGAUAUACACUGUCAACAACGUGGAACAUAUGAUAUACACUGUCAACAACAUGAGACAUAUGAUAAACACUGUCAAAAACAUGAGACAUAUGAUAUACACUGUCAACAACAUGGAACAUAUGAUAUGCACUGUCAACAAACUGUUUCAUGUUAUAUACACUGUGAACAACUUGAGACAUAUGAUAUACACUCGCCAACGUGGAACAUAAGAUAUACACUGUCACUAACAUGGAACGUGUUAUACACACUGUAUAUGAACAUAACGAUACACACAAGUGUGUGCGACACUUUACUGGUACUCUCCACAGGCGAAGCGUGCUUACCUCCCUUUAAUCCUUCACACCGCCAUGUCGUAUAUACACCUUGUUAUCUCAUAGAAAUCAUAGAUUGUCAUUAUAUCAUCUUUUUUAUAUAUCUAGCUGACAGCAUAUUUCACCGUUUUUAGUAGUGAAAGUAUUACAGGAAGAUGAAAAUCUUAAAUCAUUCAAUCGACAUUUCCACUGCACCUGUGAGUAGGAACUCUUUAAUUAGAUCCAAAUCGCCGGGAUAUUGCAGAAAUAGUAUCCCCUUUUCCAAGAUGAUAACCCAGUAUGUGACAACAGAGUAUAUCGUGACUUUCAAAGGGUGACUACACAGCUGUGUACAGUAUGUCCGGGCCUCCUAGAGGGACUACCCAGCUGUGUACAGUAGGUCGGGGUCUCCUAGAGGGACAACCCAGCUGUGUACAGAGGUCGGGGUCUCCUAGAGGGACUACCCAGCUGUGUACAGUAGGUCGGGGUCUCCUAGAGGGACAACCCAGCUGUGUACAGAGGUCGGGGCCUCCUAGAGGGACUACCCAGCUGUGUACAGUAGGUCGGGGUCUGCUAGAGGGACAACCCAGCUGUGUACAGAGGUCGAGGUCUCCUAGAGGGACUAUCCAGCUGUGUACAGUAGGUCGGGGCCUCCUAGAGGGACUUCCCAGCUGUGUACAGAGGUCGGGGUCUGCUAGAGGGACUACCCAGCUGUGUACAGAGGUCGGGGUCUGCUAGAGGGACUACCCAGCUGUGUACAAAGGUCGGGGUCUGCUAGAGGGACUACCCAGCUGUGUACAGAGGUUGGGGUCUCCUAGAGGGACUACCCAGCUGUGUACAGAGGUCGGGGUCUCCUAGAGGGACUACCCAGCUGUGUACAGAGGUCGGGGUCUGCUAGAGGGACUACCCAGCUGUGUACAGAGGUCGGGGUCUCCUAGAGGGACUACCCAGCUGUGUACAGAGGUCGGUGUCUCCUAGAGGGACUACCCAGCUGUGUACAGAGGUCGGGGUCUGCUAGAGGGACUACCCAGCUGUGUACAGAGGUCGGGGUCUCCUAGAGGGACUACCCAGCUGUGUACAGUAGGUCGGGGUCUCCUAGAGGGACUACCCAGCUGUGAACAGAGGUCGGGGUCUCCUAGAGGGACUACCCAGCUGUGUACAGUAGGUCGGGGUCUCCUAGAGGGACUACCCAGCUGUGAACAGAGGUCGGGGUCUCCUAGAGGGACUACCCAGCUGUGUACAGAGGUCGGGGUCUGCUAGAGGGACUACCCAGCUGUGUACAGUAGGUCGGGGUCUCCUAGAGGGACUACCCAGCUGUGUACAGAGGUCGGGGUCUCCUAGAGGGACUACCCAGCUGUGUACAGAGGUCGGGGUCUGCUAGAGGGACUACCCAGCUGUGUACAGUAGGUCGGGGUCUCCUAGAGGGACUACCCAGCUGUGUACAGAGGUCGGGGUCUCCUAGAGGGACUACCCAGCUGUGUACAGUAGGUCGGGGUCUCCUAGAGGGACUACCCAACUAUGUACAGUAGGUCGGGGUCUCCUAGAGGGACUACCCAGCUGUGUACAGUAGGUCGGGGUCUCCUAGAGGGACUACCCAGCUGUGUACAGUAGGUCCGGGUCUCCUAGAGGGACUAUCCAGCUGUGUACAGUAGGUCCGGGCCUCCUAGAGGGACUACCCAGCUGUGUACAGUAGGUCGGGGUCUCCUAGAGGGACUACCCAGCUGUGUACAGUAGGUCGGGGUCUCCUAGAGGGACUACCCAGCUGUGUACAGUAGGUCGGGGUCUCCUAGAGGGACUACCCAGCUGUGUACAGUAGGUCGGGGUCUCCAGAGGGACUACCCAGCUGUGUACAGAGGUCGAGGUCUCCUAGAGGGACUACCAAGCUGUGUACAGUAGGUCGGGGCCUCCUAGAGGGACUACCCAGCUGUGUACAGUAGGUCCGGGUCUCCUAGAAAGACUACCUAGCUGUGUACAGAGGUCGGUGUCUCCUAGAGGUACUACCCAGCUGUGUACAGCAAUAUUGUUCAGGAUAUGGGAUCAUGAAGUGAAGAAAAACACCCGAAAAGGAAAGAUGUUAACAGUAUCUGAACCGUAAACCCUCAAGCCAAAUUAUGUGAAAGGAACUUAAAAGCCCGGGGGCUACACACGGAACCCAGAAAUCCAGAUGAUGUCACGGGAGGUUUCUAAGGUCGUCUCAUGUGUAACGUGCGGGUGUGCGCCAUCGCUUCAAUUCCGCCAUUGGGAUGCUUGUCCCAUUUCCCAUGACAAAUUUGGCUGUACCCAUAGAACCAGUACACGCGCGUAUGUGUAGGUUGUUGUGAAUACACAGUGAAAUGCAGAAGACGCACAACGUAUGAUGUAGAUUAUGAUGUUUAAUGUAUGUCCAUGAAAAACUAUGAUCAUCAUGUCACGAUUCCGGAUGCUGCAUACUGCCUGCGGCCUGACAGGCUGCUGUCACAAAGCGAACUCUGCGACGAUGGUUCCCUCAAUACGUCGACAUUCUAUACGUCAGUACGUGGACCUGCGACUGAGGUUACGUCUGAACGUCGACAUUAUAUACGUCAAUACGUGGACCUACGACUGAGGUUACGUCUGAACGUCCACAUUCUAUACGUCAAUACGUUGACCUACGACUGAGAUUACCUCAAUACGUCGACACUGUAUACGUCAAUAUCAAUACGUUGACCUACGAACAUCGUUGCCUCAAUAUUUGGAUAUUCUGUACGUCAACAUUGACGUACACCAGUCGUCAAGUUCUUUUAGUGGACACGGGCCUUGGCGCCAAACGCCACCCACUUUUUGUGAAAUGGUGACGCAUACUUACAAUUCAAUGAUCACAAAAAUCUCAGGAAAGUUCAAACGCCAUUCGUUGCAAAUCGCCAUUAAAAAUGUCAGUGAAAGGUUACAGCUGCGGUUUACAGGUUACAGUUACUACAGUAACGACAGUCAACGUCGUUAAUGUCCAUCUAUAUCUGUCUCCCUUGCAGUGAUAGUUAGUAGUGGUUGUGGGUGUUUAUCGGAUGUCGUCAACAGAUUUUAAAGACAAUGAGCUGCUUAAUGCCUUUACUUAUGGAAGGGGAGUAACUCGUCAUUGUGCGUCACCAUUUCAAAAAUUUGGAAAGGGGUUUCUUUGUACAUUGUAAUUUUUAUCUACAUUUUUCAUAUAUGGAUUUUUCAGACAUUUUGAUGAAUCAAUUCCCUUGUUCUCUUUAGAAUCGCCACUUUUUUCCUGAAUAUCUCUUUAUAUCAUUUUUUCUACUUCUAUAAUGAUAUAUUUGUGCCUACAAGUUCUAUACUAUAGUUCACUCACAUGUUCCGUGUUCUUCUCCAGCGGUAAUACAGUAGAUUCAUGUGAUUGGUCAUGGCCUUCUAUGCAAACAGUGACACACUUUAAUAAAUAGACGUACAGUA